CAGAGUGUGGCUUCUAUGGCAUCUAUGACAAGAUCCUGCUAUUUAAACAUGACACAGGCACCAACAACAUCCUGCAGCUGGUCAAGGCUACCCAGGACAUCCAGGAGGGAGACCUGGUGGAGGUGGUGCUCUCUGCUGCUGCCACCUUUGAGGACUUCCAGAUUCGACCUCAUGCCCUGAAUGUCCACUCAUACCGUUCCCCGGCCUUCUGUGACCACUGUGGAGAGAUGCUGUUUGGACUGGUCAGACAGGGCCUCAAAUGUGACGGCUGUGGAUUGAACUACCACAAGCGCUGUGCCUUCAGCAUCCCCAACAACUGCAGCGGCGCGCGCAAGCGGCGCCUGUCCACCACGUCUCUGAACAGUAGCCAGUCGCUGCGUCUGUCCACCAGCGAGUCCCUGAGCAGCGUGGGCUCCAGCUCAGUCAGCACCUGCAUGGAGGAUGCCAGCCUGAUCCGCCCUCACACCGCCCAGACGCUCYCGAACUCCACCUGUACCGCGUCAGCAUCCCUGGGCCUGUCCACCAGCCCCUCCAUCACUAGACCCAUGGCCCGCGCUAACACUCAGAUGCCGCGAACCCCCAGCGAGGCGCGGCGGUUCUACACGGGCCGKCCGGUGCACCUGGACAAGAUCCUGAUGAGCAAAGUGAAGGUGCCACACACGUUCGCCGUGCACUCCUACACGCGCCCCACCGUGUGCCAGUACUGCAAGAGGCUGCUCCGGGGCCUCUUCAGACAAGGGCUGCAAUGCAAAGACUGCAAGUUCAACUGCCACAAGCGCUGUGCGUACAAGGUUCCCAACGACUGUCUGGGGGAGACCAUAGGAGACAUGUUGAGUCCCAGUGUGGACCACGAGGUGCCCAUGGACUACAGUAGUGAGUAUGCCGACUCGGACAAGUCUUCUCUGAUGGACGAUUCAGACGAGACCUGCAGCAUCCCUGGGUCUUUCUCCCCUGAGAGCAGCCAGGAUGGGGUCAGCGGGGACCAGAGCGCUAACAUCCCGUUGAUGAGGGUGGUUCAGUCCAUGAGGCAGACCACCCGUCGCUCCAGCACGUCCAUCAAAGAGGGCUGGAUGGUGCACUACAGCAACAAGGACACACUGAGAAAGCGGCACUACUGGCGUCUGGACUGCAAGUGCAUCAUCUUGUUCCAGAACAACACCACCAACAAGUACUAUAAGGAGAUCCCUCUGUCUGAGAUUCUGGAGGUGCGCCCCUCAGGGGACUUCACCCUGGUUCCUCCGGGCACCAGCCCCCACUGCUUCGAGCUUGUCAUGGGAGCCAUGCGCUACUUUGUAGGGGAGGACCCCAACGUCCACGUCCCCGCCCUGCCCCCCACCACAGCCCAGGCCUUCCCCCCCACACCCCCCUACCCCAGCAACGUGGUUCCCAAUAGCGGCGUGGGGCGGGAGGUGGCCAAGGUGUGGGAGGGCGCCAUUCGCCAGGCCCUCAUGCCAGUCAUCUUCCAGGAUGCACCACCGAUAGAGGGACACACUCCUCACAGACAGGCUUCAGUCAGCAUCUCAGUGUCCAACAGUGUGAUCCAGGAGAACGUGGACAUUGGCAUGGUGUACCAGAUAUUUGCAGAUGAAAUCCUUGGUUCUGGCCAGUUUGGAGUGGUGUAUGGGGGGAAGCACAGGAAGUCGGGGCGUGAUGUGGCGGUGAAGGUGAUUGACAAGCUGCGCUUCCCCACCAAGCAGGAGAGCCAGCUGAGGAACGAGGUGGCCAUACUGCAGAGUCUACGUCACCUGGGCAUAGUGAAUCUGGAGUGUAUGUUUGAGACUCCAGAGAAGGUGUUUGUGGUGAUGGAGAAGCUCCAUGGAGACAUGUUGGAGAUGAUCCUGUCCAGUGAGAAAGGAAGGCUCCCAGAGAGGCUCACCAAGUUCCUCAUCACACAGCCUGAGAAUGUCCUGCUGGCCUCUGCCGAGCCCUUCCCCCAGGUGAAGCUGUGUGACUUUGGCUUUGCCCGUAUCAUUGGUGAGAAGUCGUUCAGGCGUUCGGUGGUGGGCACCCCAGCCUACCUGGCCCCAGAGGUGCUCCUCAACCAGGGCUAUAACCGCUCCCUGGACAUGUGGUCUGUAGGAGUCAUCAUGUACGUCAGCCUCAGUGGCACCUUCCCCUUCAACGAGGACGAGGACAUCAACGACCAGAUCCACAACGCUGCCUUCAUGUACCCACCCAACCCCUGGAAACAGAUCUCGCCUGAUGCCACUGAUCUGAUCAAUAACCUGCUCCAGGUGAAGAUGAGGAAACGCUACAGCGUGGACAAGUCUCUCAGUCACUCCUAUCUACAGGACUACCAGACAUGGUUGGAUCUGAGGGAGCUGGAGACCAAGCUGGGUGAGCGUUACAUCACCCAUGAGAGUGACGACUGCCGCUGGCAGAUGUUUGCCCGCGAACACACGCUCCCCUACCCGGCCCACCUGGUGCCCCCUCUGCCUGCGCUCGGCUCCGACGAUGAGGACGCAGACAUGCAAGGGCUCACCGAGAGGGUCAGCAUACUCUGAGAACCUGGAGAGCCAGGACCCACGAGGGCCCAAGGGACUCGGACUGACCCAGGGAAGAGGAGGGGAGUGUGGGGAGCGAGUAGAGAGAGAGAGGGGCUGGCUGGAUGGAUGGAGGUCUGGAGAGUGGGGAGGGUGAGGCUGGGAGGUUUAGCUGUUAGAAAAGCGGCUUCUAUUGAGAUGAUCCCGCUCCUAACCGUCUACUAAUGGUGUCCCACUCCGGCCCUAGCCUGUCCAAUCUCCAGACCCCAUCCUUGACCCCUCUCUCAUCGGUCUAGCUUAGCUCUUCCACCCUUGAACUCUUUGCGUGUAAGAGAUUGCUCUUCUGUAUCCCACAAGGACAUGCUGUACUGUACCCAGUGGUCAGGGGAUGUGUAGAAUAUUGUUGCUGCAGUAUGCUCAUUCAGUCUAAACUGCAGAGGUCAGUUUGGGUGAAACACUCAAAUUGCAAUCUAAGCUCCUGGCAGAGGCACAACUUGCAUCUUUCUAUCUCAGAAGCCUGGGGAAGCACAGGGAUCCCCUGCUUAUUGUGAUGAGAGAGAGAGACGGGGAUAGAGACAGACAAAAAAACUUUAAGGACUCGGAUCAAUCCACUUAUGCAUGACUUACAUCCAACCAUAAACAAAUCCUCAUGAACUGUUUUAUUUUCAUUGAAUGCGAUGACUGGAAGUGCCCUGCCUGUACUGUCAGACCUGUUUGCUGCAGACCUCAAAGAGUUUAAUGGAGACAAAGGAGUCAUUUAGUGCCUGUAAGGGGUAGAUAAAGGGCUUCUUAACUGUAGGCAGCAGACCAGCGCUAGUGGGCUGUCGUGGUCUCCGAGGAAAUCUGCCGUUCAAACGACGACAAAGAAAACAAAGCCAGAAGUGGAUGUAGCAAUCAAGGAUUGCACCUUUUAAACUGUCCACUGAUACUGUCCUAGUUGGUCCAGCGUUCAUUAUUGAUGAUGACUUAUUAGUGGAGACUGAAGACUCACUUAUCAUCAUCAUCGGAAGUGCUAAUUCACGAGUCCUGGCGAUUCGAGGGUGUCCUAGACCUGUAGACAUGCACUGUUACAAUGAAGGCAAUGCUGACGUUUUCUGAAUAGUUUGUCAUGGACACCAUUAAACACCAAUGGACAGUGUGGAAAAUGCUAUUGCUCUUCGAGUUACAGUAGAAAGACGACAAACUGCUCUGGAGUCAACGUUAAAGUGUGGGAGGAGGGCUCCGAUAGUGAUCGUUGACUAUGAACCUAGCAUGUCAACGAGUUGAAUGUCCAUGUGAAGUCGAUUUGUCGCGAAGAAAAGCAUUGUCACGAAGGACUGUUAUGUACACGUAUAACCAUGUCUUUAUGUAGUGUACUCAAUGUAAUGCCUGGAGAAUGUAAACCUAUGGAAGAUCCCAGCAUUUAUAUGUAACACCAGUACAAACCUUGGCAUACAAUUGUUCAUCUGUGUCAUUUAAUUCAGCGCGUUGCCUCUUGAACGUUGAGACGGAAGAUUAGGGAGAAGUAUAGGAGGAAAUAAUGAUGGUGAUUAUGCAUACCGCUCUUCAGACAUUACCUGCUCAGAAUUUCCAUCACACUGGAACAUAUACACUAUGUGGAUUGAAUGACAAAUUGAGAGCGAUAAAUAUAUAUAGCGAGCGUCAAUAAAUAAUCAACAUGUAUGGAU